AUGGAAACCAUAUCUCUCGACCUCACAAACGGCCGUUUUCUUGGCUCAAAGUUUCCGACCCGUUCCGAACACAUCCAAAGACAGCGCUUGGUCGCGGCACAAGACGUCGGGCACCGAACGGUUCUUCCUGGCACAGCUAUGGAGCGUGUCAACCGUCUUGCAGCGCAUGUGACCCCUGGCCUUGCGCCACAACCGGUUUCCUCCGGAAUUCUGGAAGUUAUGAGGACGAAGAUUGCAGUUCUUGCCAAGGAGAAGGCAGCUCUCAAGGCGGAUUUGUUGAAGAACCACGGGGAGCGCAAGAUCCAAGACGUCACCGUAGAGAUGGCCAUCAACGGCGCGAGAGCCAUCAAGUCCAUGGUCACCGAGACUUCAGACCUGGACGCCAACAUGGGUAUCGCUUACCGACAUUUGUCGCUGUAUGAUGUGAACAAGAAGUUGCCCAAAGCCCCUGGGGGCCAAGUGGCCCUGCCCGAGGGUGCCUUCUGGUUGUUGGUCACUGGACAAGUGCCAACUGACGAGGAGGUCAAGGGCCUCACGGAGGAGUUCCACAAACGCUCCGCCAUUCCGGAGAACGUGAAGUCCACCAUCGACUCCUUGCCGAUUCAAACGCAUCCCAUGACGCAGCUGUCGGUGGCCAUGCUGGCGUUGCAGAAGGAUUCCAAGUUCUUCAAGUCGCGAGCCGUGAGCCGUACGGGCGGGAAGUAUCAGGAGGGCAUGAAGAAGGAUGACUAUUGGGCGUAUGCCCUGGAAGAUUGUUUGGACGUUAUUGCCAAAAUCCCCGUCAUCGCGGCCACGAUCUAUCGUAGGACCUUUCAUGAUGGCAAAGUGCCUGCCUACGACACCAAGUUGGACUGGGCAGCCAACUUUGCCCAGAUGCUGGGGGUGAAUGAGAGCGAAGGGUUCAAGGAGGCGGUGCGUUUGUACCUGAUGCUUCAUGCGGAUCAUGAAGGUGUCAAGGGCCUCACGGAGGAGUUCCACAAACGCUCCGCCAUUCCGGAGAACGUGAAGUCCACCAUCGACUCCUUGCCGAUUCAAACGCAUCCCAUGACGCAGCUGUCGGUGGCCAUGCUGGCGUUGCAGAAGGAUUCCAAGUUCUUCAAGUCGCGAGCCGUGAGCCGUACGGGCGGGAAGUAUCAGGAGGGCAUGAAGAAGGAUGACUAUUGGGCGUAUGCCCUGGAAGAUUGUUUGGACGUUAUUGCCAAAAUCCCCGUCAUCGCGGCCACGAUCUAUCGUAGGACCUUUCAUGAUGGCAAAGUGCCUGCCUACGACACCAAGUUGGACUGGGCAGCCAACUUUGCCCAGAUGCUGGGGGUGAAUGAGAGCGAAGGGUUCAAGGAGGCGGUGCGUUUGUACCUGAUGCUUCAUGCGGAUCAUGAAGGUGGCAACGUCUCGGCGCACGCGACCCACCUGGUGGGCUCGGCCUUGAGCGAUCCGUACUACGCCUGGGCUGCGGGGCUCUGCGGCCUGGCGGGGCCCUUGCACGGCCUGGCCAACCAGGAGUGUUUGUCCUGGCUCUUGGAUGUCCAAAAGCAGCUGCAUGGGCAGAAACCCACCAAGGAGCUGAUGACCGACUUUGCCAACAAGACCCUGAAGGAAGGCAAGGUCAUCCCAGGCUUUGGCCACGCCGUGCUGAGAAACACAGAUCCACGAUACAUGUUGGAACGUGACUUUGCCUUGAAGCACUGCGCGGAUGAUCCCCUCUUCCAGUUGGUCGACGCAUGCUAUCAAGCCAUUCCUCCCGUGCUCUUGAAGCAAGGCAAGGUCAAGAAUCCAUAUCCCAACGUCGAUGCCCAUAGCGGCCAGCUGAUGUAUUUUUAUAACCUUCGAGAGCAGAACUUCUAUACGGUGGUCUUCGCGGUGUCCCGCACCAUGGGCGUCAUGGCUCAGUACAUUUGGUCCCGAGCUGUGAAUUUGCCCAUCGAGCGGCCCAAGUCGCUGCCGCUGGACGAUCUGCUGAGCUUGGCCAAGAAGCACCGCUGGCAACGGCCAAAGGGCAACGUCCAAAGGGCAACGUCUCGGACCAGCAGUAGGCCACCCAUGAGCGCUCUGAACGCAGUGAAUUUUAAGACACCUGCGACAUCAGAACGCGAUUUUCUCAGUCUUUGCCAGGGCUCCGCAAGGGAGACAUUUGGCUUUGAUACGUGGAAACCCAAGGAUUCCAAGGAUGAAGAUUUAGCUGUUUGGGGCAAGGUCUGCCCGAGUUCUCAGUUUUCAGGCUUGGUUAUUAACUAUGCGGAGCCGAGUCUGGCCGCUGGCACUGCGGUGCUGGGACUGGGUCUGGUGGUGCUGCCACUGCUCAGCAAACUGAACAAAUUGAAGUCUGAGGAGAUGUUCCAGUACAAGUCUCAUGGCGAGACGAAUCCCAAGCAGCCCCUGCGUCUCUUCACGGAGUCAGAGCUUCGACAACGGAUGGGCUCAUUGGACGCGGACAGUGUGGCGAAAGAGAUUGUGAUGAGCACGGAAGAGUUAGAUGAACACAUGGAGGCCUGCAGCAUGGAUGAGACUGAUGAUGAGGUGGGGCGCAUCCAGAAGUGGCGCGACUCAGUGAAUGCCAAUUUGCGCAGCCUGCAGAAGCGCUCGGCCCUGGCAUUUUUGGGUUUGCCACCUGACUCGAGCAUGAACGACAUUAAUGCGGUGUACAAGAAGAUGGCUUUGGAGCUGCAUCCUGACAAAGGAGGUGAUCCUGAGAAAUUCCAGGAACUGCAAGAGAUGAAGGAACGCCUCACGGAGAUUGAGAAAGAGGAGGGUGACGGUGAGAAGAAGGACACCGUCGACGAUCCCGAAGAAGAGGAAGCGAAGAAACAAAAAGAAAAAGAGGAGGAGGAAGAGAAGAACCGUCUCCCUCCCAACGAGCGCGUGAAGAAGCUGCGCAUGGACGUGCACGACAACACGGUGCGCCUAUGGGAGAAGGCGAAGAAGUCACGAGACGAGAUCAGUGGCGAGAAGGCUUUGAAGGCCAAUGCACAGCCUGCUCUGAACAUUUUGCGCCUCUUUGUGGAACGCUUCGUGGCGAAUGAGAUCAAAACCCUCCGCCAUGACGACACUCGUGGCGCCGAAGCCAAGCUGCGAAAAUUUCUGAAGCAGGGCGCGGAGAUUCUUUGCGUGUCGGCCCUGGCGGAUGUCCAAGCGACACUUUCCACGCUGGCUAUGCACUUCAACUACCGCCUGAUCGCACGGAGCGGCUCCCCGGAGAUCAAGAGCAAGUGCGCAGCGCUGCUGGAAGCCGUCGGGGAAGUGCCACAGACCGUUGAGAGUUUCCUGCAACGUCUGGAAGCAGAUUUGGCGGAUCAGAAGGACCGCGACAAGCGGCGCAAGGAGCAGCGCGCGCAGGCGCAGAAGGCGCGCGAGGCCAAGGGCGACUUCAGCGGCGACGCCGGCGACGCGUCGGCAAAGGCGAAGGCGGCGCCGGCGCCGGCGAAGCCCAAGGCGGAGCCCAAGGUGGAGAAGGACGCGGCCACGGCAGCUGGCUAUCCACCGAAGCCAGACCCCUUUGCGGACUUCGACUUCGGCACCACGCCGCAGGCGACGAAGGGCGGGCCAUCCUCCGGUUCUGCGGCUGUGUCGUCGACGCCGAAGACGGAAGCGCUGGCCAAAAAGGAGGAUGAGAAGUCGACUAUCCAGGCAGCCGUCAAGCAGAAGAGGACCUCGUGGGAUGCUUCCUUUGAUCAUCCUUAUGCGGGUGCCCUGAAGUCCAAUGGCACUGGCAUUUACUGCCGACCAUGUCAGAGAUGGAUCGUAACCUAUGAGUUCAACACCGAAGUCUUCCUGACGCAUGUGGGCGCUCCGGCCAAAGGAUACGGCAAGGAUGCCCCACGGCAGAGUCGUAAGGGUGAUCGUGAGGACUUUGGGAAAGGGAAAGGCAAGUCUGGCAAAGGCGGCAAGGCGCCAAUACCGAUCCCGCCGCCCUUAGAUCGACCGGAGGAGCUGCCAGCUGUGGCGAACAGCUCGGAGCAAGUGGCAUUUCAGGUGAACACAGGCACCCCCUGGCAGUUGCUUGGGCCGACGGGUGGCGCUUUCAGGUGGGACCUGGUGGAUCGCGAUGCUGUGGCGGAAGUGGAGAAGAGGGAGAUCAGAGACAUUUUGGGAGAGUAUGCUGAGCAGAACGGUAUCCCUUUGAGGAGCGGGGUGAAACUGGCCUUACGGAGAGGUCAGUUUUGGGUGUCUUAUGCCGGUGGCAUCUCAAACGUGCCACCCUGA